AUGAAGGAAGAAAUGACCGCCAUGAAACAACAACGAGAGAGAGAUGCCCCCGAGAUGGCCGCAUUGAGAGAAGAGAAUGCUGCUCUGAAAAACCAGUACCGAGACCCCACAUGGAAACCAUCUGAGACGACCACACUCAAGGGUCGUUCCACUCGCACGGCCAUCACACCAUCCCCCACAUUUCUGUCGCUGCCCCAGCUGCCCAUGCUUCGGGCAGCCGACCGAUACAACCAUUGCCGGCCGAAGCACAUCGACAUCCCUUUACUCCAAGUCACCCUCAGUACUACUGACGAUGCUGCCUUGUGCCGAAUCUUCCCAACUUCGUUAAAGGGUCGGGCAUUAAGCUGGUUCACACGACUUCCAGCCAACUCAGUCGACUCCUUCAAUACAUUAUCAUCUCAAUUCACCAUUCAGCUCGCUCUCAUUGCUCUGCACCACCUUACCACCGCCUUGAAACCGGGACCUUUCGCCAACAACAUCUGUAAGAAACCCCCAACUGAUAUGGAUGAUUUGCGUCGGCGCGCCGACAAAUACAUGCAAAUGGAGGAAUUAGCUGAGUUCCGUAAUCAAGCACGGGCAGAGAUAGCCGCCAAAGCCGAUAAGCCAGCCGAGAGCAACUAUCGGAGUCGUCCUAAAGAAAUUUCCCGCGAAAAACCCGCACGAGGACCAAGGUAUUCUCAUUACACCUCAUUGAACGCCAGCCGAUCUGCUGUCCUAGAUCAGGCACUCGCUUUAGAGCAAGGGCAGCUUCAACGUUUUGUCGAUCGGCCCCGCUCUCCCAGACGCGAUGAUCACCGGCAUCGUGGGGAACAACAUGGCCGAGAGAGAUCUGAUAGGCACCCUCACAGGGAACGAAGCCGGUCGAGAGACCGAAGAGAAGUCGAGCCCACAACUCAACCUCGAAGGGUCAUCAAUACUAUUACCGGUGGAUUUGCGGGCGGAGGAUCCACCUCCUCAGCACAGAAGAGACAUCUACGAGCUGUCCGAACUAUCCAUGCGGUUGAGUGCACCCGGCAGAGGUUGCCGGCCAUCACAUUCACUGAGGCUGAUUUCAAGGGCAUCGAUCCUGAUCAGGACAAUCCCAUGGUCAUCAGCGUGGAGAUCCACAACUGCAUCGUUCGGAAGACAUUGGUCGAUCAAGGAAGUUCGGCUGAUAUCCUCUACUGGAAUACCUUCAAGCAACUCGGCAUCCCGGAAGCCGAACUGAUCCCAUACAAUGAGCCGCUGGUUGGAUUUUCUGGUGAGCGUGUACAAACAAAAGGAUACAUCAAGUUAUCCACUCGUUUUUGUUCCGAUGGACCCGAAGUCAAAGACAUCCCGAUCAAGUAUGUGGUUGUGCAUGCUAACACGUCAUAUAACAUUCUUCUUGGAAGACCGUCCCUCAAUAGGUUAGGUGCGAUUGUGUCAACCCCGCACUUAGCCAUGAAAUUUCCUUCUGAAUCAGGCCGAAUCAUCACAGUACAUGUAGAUCAGAAAGUGGCCAGGGAAUGUUAUUUCGCUAGUCUCUGGUUGCCCCGCCUCGGAGCAACCGAGCCGAGUCGAGAGAAACGCGUGCAUUCGGUAGCCCAAGACCUCGAAACGGUUGUAGACCGACCCUCGAAUGGAGCAAGAUGA